AUGGACCCCAACUGUUCCUGCCCAACUGGUGGCUCCUGUGAAUGCAACGACUGCAAAUGCACCUCCUGCAAGAAGAGGGAGGGAGGGCCCUUCCCUGGGAAUCUGGGGGCUGGGGAGUGGAGGGGGGCCUGGUGGUCACCUCUGACCCCUCCUUUUCCCUCUGUCUGCCCCGAGGGCUGCGCCCAUUUUGUCCAGGGCUGCAUCUUCGAGGGAGCGUUGGACAAGUGCAGAGCUGCUGUGCCUGA